AUGCAGCCGCUAGUUCCUAGCCAAGAGCAGUUUUCUGGACGAGCAUCAAGUAACUGGCAAGUGGAGCAGUAUCAUGCGGAACCUUCGUCUGCAAUUACACCAUGCUGGGACGGGGCACCCUCAAAGCUUACAGACAAUUUCAACCUCACAGAUCUCUUUGACAAUUACAGCUUCGAUUUUCAUAGCAUACAAACCUCUUCCUCUCAACAGAUCCUGAGUAGUCCCGACUUGGGUAUUACCCAAGCCAGCUCAGAUGUGGAACUCCUGCCCCGGGUGGAGUUCAUGGCAAAGCGGCUUGCUAUCAUUCCGGGAACGUUCGUGCAGAAUGGCCAUACUAUCUUCAUCCACAGGAUGCAAUUCCAGCAAAACCCUUCUGUGGCUUUGCAUGAUGCGAUGAGCGCAUGUGCAUUAUAUUGCAUGAGAGGUGCGAUGAAUCAAGCAUUGGUGUUCGGUAAUUUGGAGCUUAAAUGCCAGCAGUUGAUUGCUAGUACCAACGCACUACUCGUUACUAAAACAGAACUUCUCGCGGCUCUGCAAGCCCUUUUACUUUACCAGAUAAUCCGGCUCUUCGAUGGCGACAUUCGUCUAAGAGCACAUGCGGAAGCCGAUGAAUCGGUUACGAUCUCGUGGGCAGCGCAACUAAACAACAUGAUCUACCAUGAGCACCAGGAUGUGUUGUUUGAUCUAAACUCGACAGAGAUGAGUAUCGUGACCACAGGUAGUGAUUCGAAUUGGAAUUCCUGGCUCGUGAAUGAGAGUAUACGGCGGACCGUCAUAGCUACAUUCAUGCUGAACGGAGUCUACAAUUUCUUGAAACUUGGUUAUUACGUCCCAACGAAAUCACAUCAAUGCUUCACCGCCCAGGCAGCACUUUGGGGUGCGCAAUCCGCUCACGAUUGGACGAGGGCCCGAGAAGAGACGGCGAGACUCGAGAUAUGGGUCACGCGUUGGGAUGAGAAAAUAGCGAAUGUAAAACCCGCAGACUUAGAAGAGUUUGGUGUGCUGGUAAUGACGAUGCUAUGGGGACUUGAAGCCACGCAGACCUGGUUGGGAAAUCUGCAUGUCAAAUAUGGGUUUGAAGACAAGUUAGAAAAAUGA